GGCUGGCUAGCAAACAUUUUUAACAACAGAGAGCAGUCAGAGGUUCAGUGUGUGGAUAAUUAUUAAACUUGCCACGUGUGUAUUUGAUAAAACAAGGAUGCCACGUUCACCAGUAAAGUGUACGUUAGUUUAAUUAUGAUCAUUUAUUGGACCUUAAGUGCGCUCCACUGACGUGCUAUUAUGUCGAGGAAUUCUUUUCUAAGAAUAAAAUAGCAAAUUCAAAAUGUUAAGAGAAAUGAUAGCUACUCAACAAAAUGCAGUUUUCGCUCAAGUGGGUUCUGCACUUUUUUAUGGGAUCUCUUCGUUUAUGAUUACGGUUGUGAAUAAGACCGUACUCACAACCUUCAACUUCCCGUCCUUCCAGAUCCUAGGCAUAGGACAAAUGUUAGCUACAAUAAUUGUACUCUUCGUUGCCAAGAAAGUACGUUAUGUCGACUUUCCACAUUUGGAGCGGUCUACUGUCACUAGGAUAUGGCCAUUGCCAAUGAUCUAUAUUGGAAAUAUGAUCUUUGGUCUUGGUGGCACCAAGCAACUAAGCUUACCAAUGUUUACCGCUCUCAGAAGAUUCAGUAUUCUUAUGACUAUGUUAGCUGAAUAUUACAUCUUGGGUAUCACAGCAAAACCAUCUGUUCAAUUGAGUGUGUAUACAAUGGUGCUGGGUGCAGUAGUUGCUGCUUCGGAUGACUUGGCAUUCAACGCUGAAGGAUAUGUCUUCAUUUUGUUAAAUGACUGCUUCACAGCAGCAAAUGGAGUUUAUAUGAAGAAGAAGCUGGAUUCAAAAGAAAUGGGGAAAUAUGGACUGAUGUAUUAUAAUUCUUUAUUCAUGAUCCUGCCAGCAUUAGUGAUCGCAUGGUGGACUGGUGAUAUACAACAACCUCGGUAUAAGAAGAUUGUCUACGCAACAGGCGUUCCUCGAGGAUUACAAGAAACAUCAUGUACCGCUGUCGUCCUUACAGCGCGCAGUCCUUACAGCUGGUUCAGCUGCAAUAUCCCUGGCGAAUCCUUAUCGCGGUGACAUGAUAGCUUGUCUGGGUGAAACUACAGGUAGACCUGCCCUUAUACACUGUCUACAGCGGAUGCAAUCAAAUCCAGAAGGGCAGCGAAUUUUAU